AUGAAACUCAUGCCGCCACAGGAAGUGGAAAUUCCGCGCCCGACGAACAAACGUGCUGGGAAAUCCAAAAAAUCAACGGCACGUGCUACAGCUGCCAGGGCGGCCAAAGGAGCUAGCCGUGAAUCAUCUGUAUCCGUACAUCGUGGCAUUGCAGAUAGCUCAUCUGUGCUGGAACCCACAGCAAAUGCAGAUAUUCCAGCAGCAACAACAGCGGGACCUGUGGAUGAUGUUCAUCCGACAUCAUCUCGGGCCCCCGUCCAACCAGCUGUGCCAUCGAAGGUACAAAAAGGCGUCAAAAGAAAAGCCGAUACGACAACAUCGUUUGGUGAGGAAGUGGUGAGUGCAAAGGUGGCAACUCGCCGUGAAUCAGGACGACCGCCAAAAAAACCGAAUUAUUUCAUUGAUUACAAUCAGCUGAAACCUCGUUUCAAGGGCAAACAAACCGAGCAGAUGAAGUACUGCCAACGUAUUAUGAAUGAAUUAUUCACAAAGAAAUGCAAAAGCUUUACGUGGCCGUUUCUUGAGCCAGUAGACGUUGAGGGCCUGAAACUGGAAGAUUAUUAUGAUAUCGUGAAAAACCCAAUGGAUUUGGGCACAAUCAGGUUAGCUAGUUUUUUUCUUUUUUAGAU